AUGUUCACGUCGAGAGUAGGGUUAAGGGUCGCGGGCAGAGCAGCGCGGUUCAGUCCAAAACCAACCUUCCCAUUCCAGCGAGUCCCGCACUUCCAACCACGCCGCACUUUCUACGAGCGACCGCGAUAUACACGCUUCGGGGAGAGACGUAGCAACUAUCAGCAACAACAAUGGAGCAACUUCGGCCCUAUGCUUAGGGCGCAAUACCUAUGGAGGACUUACCAAAGGCCCAUCAUCAUUGCCGGCACAGGAGGUGCUGUCUUCUACGUCUACAACCUUGAGGAAGUGCCCAUAACGCACCGGCGACGCUUCAACAUCUUGUCACCAGACACGGAAAAGCAAUUGAGCGAAGGCGCAUAUGAGCAGACGCUUCAGCAGUACAGGGGCAAAAUCCUCCCGGCCAACCACCCACUGACGAAACUCGUGGCUCGUGUUACCGAACGGUUACUUCCCACAACCGGUGGUCUUGCAGGCGACGACUGGCGAGUCCAUGUCAUUGAUGAUCCGAACAUGCAAAAUGCGUUUGUUGUCCCUGGAGGCAAAGUCUUCGUCUUUACAGGCAUCCUGCCCAUCUGCGAGACCGAAGCGGGGGUGGCCACGGUAUUAGGCCAUGAAAUCGCCCAUAACGUUGCCCACCACAUGGCGGAGAGGCUUUCAAGAUCCAGCAUCACGCUCAUUGCUUCGAUCCUCUUCAGUCUGAUCUUCCAAGUGGACACUCGCUUCUCGAACUCAGUGGUUGACCUCCUCCUUGAGCUCCCGAACUCCCGGACUCAGGAAACAGAAGCAGACCACAUUGGUCUGCUCAUGAUGGCGGAAGCUUGCUAUGACCCUCGUGAAGCAGUCGCUUUUUGGGAACGAAUGAAGGCAUCCGAGAAAGUCUCUAUUCCCCAGUUCAUGUCCACCCAUCCAAGUCAUUAUGACCGCGUCAACCACAUCAAGAAAUGGCUUCCUGAUGCACAAACCAUAUAUGUGGACAAGGGCUGCGCUGACCUCAGCGGAUUUGCAAAUGAUUUCAGACGCACGAUAAGGUCACAACAACCAAGAAGCAGCCAGGUACAUGUGCAGCAACCGAGGAUGCGUGGCCGUGGUGAUGAUGACUACUUCUAA